ACAACAUGAAGGUCCUCCUACUGCUAGCAGCCUUGAUCAUGGCCUUUGGCCCAAUCCAGGUCCAAGGGAGCCUUGUCGAGUUUCGGCAAAUGAUCUGGCUAAAGACGGGAAAGAGACCUGAUAGCAGCUAUGCCUUCUAUGGUUGCCACUGUGGCGUGGGUGGCAGUGGAGCCCCCAAGGAUGCAACCGAUCGGUGCUGUGUGGCUCAUGACUGUUGCUACUACCGUCUGCAGAAAAGGGGCUGUGGCACAAAAUUUCUGACCUACAAGUUCAGCCACCCAGGGGGCAAAAUCACCUGCUCUGCAAACCAGAACUCCUGCAGGAAACAGUUGUGCCAGUGUGAUAAAAUUGCCGCUGAAUGUUUUGCCCGGAACCGGAAAAGCUACAGUUUGAAGUAUCAAUUCUAUCCCAACAAAUUUUGUAGUGGAAAGUCUCCUAAGUGCUGAGAGAACCGCCUUCCUCGAUGUCUGGGCAUUGUCUACUCUAUUUCCCCUCUGCAACCCAGCCAAAUUCCCCCUGUGACAAACACCCCUCUCCCACCCUAGAGGCAUGGCAGAAUAAGCCUCCAAAGCCUGAUGAGUCAGGCUGAUUUUUCAUCUACCUUGGACUGACAGAUUGCCCAUGCCCAAUUUCCCCUUGGCAUCCAACUUCCUGCCUCAAAGUACUAAAGAGAG